AUGAUAAUAACAAAGAUCGUUGUCGAGAAAUUCGACAGAAAUGUCAACUUCGGCAUAUGGCAGCUCAAGAUGAAGGUCAUUCAAGAUGGAGUUGAUUUGGCAUUACAGGGAGUUAAGAACAUUCUAGAUGAUAUGUCAAAGGAAGAUCUUGCAGUUAGUUGGAAAGCUUCCUUACAACCUGUCGUGGCUUUAUCUACUACAGAGGCAGAAUAUAUGACAAUGAUAGAGACUCUAGCUUGGUUAGCAACGCACGCAAGAGUCAUCGGUCUCGAUCUAUUGGGAAAAGGCCUCGAAGGGGUUCUCUCACCGUCCGUGUCUGGUUUGGACAAGCUUAGUUUCCUCAACCUCUCCCUCAGUUCUUUCCGAGGCCCCAUCCCACCCGAGCUGUUCCACGUGAAGCUCUUGGCGGUGAUCGACUUGAGCAACAAUCACUUGUUAGGCGAGAUGCCACCGGGUAUAGGAAACCUCUCAAGCCUGUCCCUAUUGGAUAUCUCCAACAACAGGUUCACCGGGAUGAUCCCUGAUGUCUUUCACGGCUUGACAAAGCUCGAGGUUUUCUCGGCUGAGUCUAUUGGAUUCGUUGGCCGGCUGCCCACUUCCUUGUCCUCGUGCUCGAUGCUUACGUCGCUUUAUCUGUGGAACAAUUCUCUCAACGGUAGCAUCGACCUCGACUUUGGACGAUUACUUCGUCUUACCGUCCUCAACCUUGGAUGGAAUAGAUUGCACGGGCUCAUCCCGGAGAGCCUUUCUUCUUGCAAGGCACUACAGAUCCUGAAUCUGAAUCGCAACAACCUAAGUGGUCUGGUUCCACAGAAGCUUCGCAAUCUUCGUUCCCUUUCCUUCCUUGCCCUCGAGCAAAAUAAUCUCUCCAACAUUUCCAACGCAUUGGCAGUUCUUCAGGGGUGUCACAACUUGACCGUUAAAAAUGAAGAAAUGCCAACUAAUGGAAUCCGAGGAUUUGGAAGCCUACGUGCUCUCAGCAUGGCAAACUGUGGUUUUAGAGGUUCUAUGCCCUUGUGGUUACGAAAAUGCAGAGAACUUCGAGCUAUAAAUCUAGCAUGGAAUCUUUUUAGCGGAGAGAUACCAUCGUGGUUUGAAGGUUUUGAUCAUCUGUUUGUCAUGGACUUGUCGAACAACUCGUUCUACGGGGAGAUCCCAAUUUCCUUGAUGCAAUUGAAGAGUUAG